CGCGCCCGUUCAGCGUGCGGAUGCUGAAGUUGUUGCGUGUGGGUUUUCUGUUGUUAAAUUAGAGCACCUCGUCGCACUUGACCUGAUAGCUUAUUUGAAUAAGCUGGUUAUUCGUCUCUGACAUUAAAUGCUGUGAAUACGGAGACAUACGUCGCAGGCUUUGGCUAAAACGGCUAAGAGAGACUGUGGAAGUGGAAGGUGACCGUGCUGGCGGAGUCUAGCUGACUGAGUCGGGCUCAUUCAUUCAGACACUGGGUUAUAGCUGUCAUUUAGUUACAUGUCACAGUGACUAACUGCUUUAUAGCUGUUUAACUGUCAACGUUUUUUUCAUAUUCGUGGUCAGGCUAGGCGGUUCUUUCCUCUCUGAGCUUUAAGGAAGUCAAGCGCUAGAAUAAAUUUUACUGACACCUGGUCAAGCAUUGCAAGUAGAUGACGAUACCUAAAGAUAGACGUUCUUGUACGAUAAUAGCGCGGUCUUUCUCUCUUAUCGCAUGCUAACAUCUUUCGAUAAUGACACAUAAAUAUACUUUUUUACUGCUGAGAGCAGCUCGUCACAUUUUUCGACAUCCACGCCACAGACUGUGUGUGUUAAACAGGAGAGCUUUUUCUGUACAACCGCAGCAGAUUUAUUCUUCCAAAGCUCCACUUUUUAGCAACUCUACAUCCUUCAGACAUGCUGCUAGUUUCACUUCAGGUCAAAGCAGUUUGUCUAUGCGAAGUCACGCAUGUGGAGAGCUGCGUUCCAGUCAUGUAGGAGAGGAGGUCACGUUGUGCGGAUGGGUUCAGUACCUGAGACAGGAUCUGUUUGUGAUUUUGAGGGACUUUAGUGGAUUGGUGCAAGUUCUUAUCCCUCAGGAUGAGUCCAAGCAUGAACUGAAGAAUGCUUUCUGCAGGUUAUCUGUUGAGUCUGUUAUCAUGGUCAAAGGAAGGGUCAGGCUUCGUCCAGCUGGCCAGGAAAAUAAGAACAUGUCCACAGGAGAAAUUGAAGUGUGUGCUGAGAGCAUGGAAGUGCUGAACACCUGCCGGAAGCUGCCAUUUGAGAUUAAAGACUUUGUCAAGAAAUCUGAGGCUCUCCGGAUGCAAUAUAGGUAUCUUGACCUUCGCUCAUCUCAAAUGCAAUACAAUCUGAGACUGCGAUCACAGCUUGUGAUGAAAAUGAGAGAAUACCUUUGCAAUUUGCAUGGAUUUGCAGAUGUGGAGACCCCAACAUUGUUCAAAAGGACUCCAGGGGGCGCCAAAGAGUUUGUGGUGCCGUCUGGAGAAGCAGGGAAGUUUUACUGUCUCCCACAGAGCCCGCAGCAGUUCAAACAGCUUCUGAUGGUGGCAGGUCUAGAUCGGUACUUUCAACUGGCACGCUGCUACAGAGACGAAGGCUCCAAACCCGACCGGCAGCCUGAAUUCACACAGGUGGACAUUGAGAUGUCCUUCGUGGAGCAGGCCGGAAUCAGGGCUUUGAUUGAGGGCUUGCUGCAAUAUUCCUGGCCUGAAGACAAACAGCCGCUCAGCAUCCCCUUCCCCUGCAUGACCUACAAGGAGGCAAUGAGGGAUUAUGGUGUAGACAAACCUGACACUCGAUUUGGAAUGAAGCUGGUGGAUGUCACAGAGACAUUCCAGGACACACAGAUUGAGUUCAUCAGGGAAGCCGUCAUCCAGCCAGGCGGCUGUGUCCAGGCCAUCUGUGUUUCAGAAGGCGCUAAGCACUUGAAGGGCAAGGACGUGGAGUUACUGCAGCAAACAGCCAAGACUCAAUUCAACCAGGAGGUGAGCAGCGUGCUGGUCAGGGCAGACGGCUCGUGGAAGUCUCCUCUCGGCCGGCUGAUGUCGGACACGGCCAGGCAACACCUGCUGCAGACAACUCAUGCCAACACUGGAGACCUGCUGCUCAUCGCUGCUGGAGCACAGGAGCGGGUGCGCCCCCUUCUAGGGAAGCUGAGACUGCAGUCUGCUGAGAUGCUGGAGGGCUAUGGUAUGACUGUUCGUGAGCCUUCGAUCUUUCGCUUCUUGUGGGUGGUGGACUUCCCCCUUUUCUUGCCAAAAGAUGAUGAUCCAGGGCAGUUGGAGUCUGCCCACCACCCAUUUACUGCCCCUGUUCCAGAGGACACCCAUCUACUCUACACCCAGCCCAGCAAGGUCCGUGGCCAACACUAUGACCUGGUGCUGAACGGCUGCGAGAUUGGAGGAGGCUCCAUCCGUAUCCACAAUUCAAGCCAGCAGCUCUACGUCUUGGAGAACAUCCUCAAAGAAGAUCCAUCUCUCCUCUCACACCUGUUGGAAGCAUUGGACUCUGGAGCCCCUCCUCAUGGUGGGAUUGCAUUAGGGUUAGACCGCCUGGUGUCCAUCAUUGUGGGGGCUCCAAGUAUCAGGGAUGUUAUUGCCUUCCCCAAAUCCUUCAAAGGUUAUGACAUCAUGAGCCAUGCUCCAGAUUUUUUGUCAGAGGAGGAGCUGAAGCCAUACCACAUCUCUGUGGUCUGGCCUAGUGUGGACAGCAGAGAGGACAAACAACCCUGACCGCUCCAUUCUGCUCCAUCUUCCAGAGUAACUCAUGCCUGUUAAACUCUGUUUGUGAAAUGAGGAAAGAGACUGUGGUGGGUUUCUAGCAGUCACUGUCCAUUUUCAGUGUUUGCUGUUGGUGAUUGCUUCUGAGCAGUAGAAGUGUUGACCCCAUCUUAUAAAAGAAUUGCACAGUAGCUAUAUGAAAGAGUCUUACAUAGGCAACAUUUUGUCCAUCAGAUUAAAGCACUUAAAUAAUAAGAAUCAAAGUGCUUGCCAUUAAUGAGCUGGCAUGUAUACUGUCAUGAUUAAAAAUGCAAGUGAUGUCCAGUUCUGGUCCUGGAGGGCUUUGGUGUAUCAAUGUUAGUGAUUUUAAAUUUGAGUGCACACCUUGGCUGUUCUUUAUCAGGUUGUGCCUGAGCAAGGAAAUCAGAAACUGUGCUGGACUCCAGCUACACUGAAUUGAGCAUCCCUGAAAAUGCUGUCACUUACAGUCUGUUUGUCUAUUGCUCUCUGUCUGUUGUGUUUUCUGUACUCACUGUUUUUGGUACAAAAAAAUAAAGACAGGACAUUGAAACAGUU